AUGGAUGUUAUCGGACCGAUAGAGCCACCGGAAUCAAAUGGGCAUAGAUUUAUUUUGGUUGCUAUUGAAUACUUUACUAAGUGGGUCGAAGUUGCUUCAUAUAGAUUCGCCAUCAAGAAAGUGAUUACAGAUUUUAUAAGGAAUAGCUUGAUUUGCCGAUUUGGGGUGCCAGAAUCGAUCAUUACUAAUAACAGGUUAAACUGGAAUAGUCAUUUGAUGAAUGAGAUUUGUGAUCAGUUUAAAAUUAUUCAUCUUAACUCGACUGCAUAUCGUCCAAAAAUGAAUGGAGCUGUGGAAACCGCCAAUAAGAACAUCAAGAAGAUUUUAAGGAAGAUGGUCGAAAAUAAUAGGUCAUGGCAUGAGAUUUUACCCUAUGCUCUACUAGGGUAUCGUACGACAGUUCGAACCUCCACCGAGGUAACUCCUUAUCUACUUGUUUAUGGGAAUAAAGCUGUGAUACCUGCUGAGGUUUAA